GCAAUCGAAAUUGAACUUUAUUGUGUUAAAAAUAAGACUAUAUAUGGUUACUGCGUGCAAAUUAAAAAUGAGAUUCGUAGCAGAGCUACGAAUUAUUUCGAUAGCUGAUUGACGUCACAUAUUUUAUCCGCGCAGAUAAUAAAUAUUGAUCAAAGGCUUCUAUGAGACUUAUUCACAGGGUAACACUCCUUCUGGAUGAUUUAAAAUAAUACUGUACUGAAUUAUAUCCAGAUGUUCUGAAUUUAACUUUGUCUAUGUAGUAAUUUCUGUGUUACUUAAGUAAGUAAUACCUUCGCUUGAAAAGGUACGUGUUGUUCUCGAAUCAUAAAUUCAUACAAAACAUAAACAAACAUUGGACUGAUUGAGUGGCGAAGCGGCAACAGGGCAUGGAUGUGGCGUGUGGCGCAACGCGGCUACUUAGUGCCGUCUCGCUCACUCCCAAUGAUAUCGACGUGGAAACACGCGUGGUUGCGUAGCGUGGUCCCUGUCACACAUAAUCGACUGCAAGGAUACGCAACGCUGUGGCGCAUCAGUGUGCGACGAGUUCUUUGGACGGAAGGUCACAGAGUAUUAUCGCGCUUUCAAUUUCAAAAUUAUCACAAAAUCACUAUGAAGGACGACAGAAGAGUAAUAAUGGAGUUUUGUAAGAUCGUCCAGAGGUUUCCAGAACUUUACGAUCAUAGCUCUGACACUUACAGGAGAUGGUGUGCCGAGAACGCAUGGGAAAAGGUAGCCGAUUGCGUUAGGAAUGAGCUUCAUGAAGAGUGCACAGUUGAAGAAUUGAAAAUGAAAUGGAAGGGAAUACGGUCUUCUUAUAACAGAUAUAAAAAUAGAGUAUUCAAAAGUAAAUUCGGCUCUAAGCCGUUUAAGGACUAUUAUUUACAUAAAACCUUGCAAUUUUUAGACCCAUUCAUUAAACCGAAAGGCGUAAUUUCCAAUGCGUCAGAAGCACAAAUAGUUUUUGAAGAUUGCUACGAUCAAUCUAUGCUAGAUGAGAAUGACAGUUCAACUUGGGCUGAAGUAGAUGUUGACAUCAAACCAGUUGUACUACAAAAUAAUACUGAAAAAGAUGAAGCUACAACAUCAAACGACACAAAUAAUACAAAAACCAAAAAAAGGAAACGAGAUGAUGAUGAUACAGAUGAAGAAAAUGAAGACAUGCAGUUUUUCAGAAGCAUAUUACCUGAUAUUAAAGAUUUUACGUCCAAAGAGAAACGAAAAUUGAAAAUGAGUAUUCUGAAAGCCAUAGACGAAAUUGAGAAUGAGAGGAAAAAUUCCUAAGUAAAUUAUAAUUUAGGUUAUACUAUAUUGGAAUGGAAGAUUAGCAUUUAAACGUAGUAACGUAAUUCAUUAUGCUGUUGUGAUACGACUACUACAAGUGUAGUAAUAAUAUCAGAAGGAAUAAGAUUAGUAAGUACCUGAUGGACAAAUUGUACUUCUAAUGGGAAUAAAGAAUCUCGCAUGAGAGUUUAAGUUGA